GAAAUGGCCAUGUGGUUACAGAUUUAUUCGUAAUUAAACAGAUAAACAACAACAACAAACCAGAAAGACUAAAGCUAAACUUUCGUUUUUAUUGAAACAAACAUACUUUCCUGAACAGAUGAGCUAAUUGAUUACUAUGGUAUGACAGAAAGCAAUGAUGGGGAAAGAAAAGAAGGACAAGUUGACAAUGGGGGAUAUAGGUAGUUUUAAGACUAAGGAUACAUUAAGGGAGGAGGAUAUAGAGCUGACAACACAGGUGAAGGACAUAGAGAGGAGAUAUAAAGACAUCUACAAGGCAGUUCAUGACCUUGAUCACACAUACCAGUCUUGUAAAGAUAACUUUGCCCUACAGAGAUAUGGUGACCUCAAGGCUAUGAUAAAAGCUUGUGUGACAGAUGAGGUGAUGGAGAAAGCUGCGAGGUAUUCAACAGCUGGAGGAGCAGAAGAGAAAGGCAAAGCAAUAUCCCUGAUGAAAGCUGCCAAACAAUUUUCAGCAGGCAUGUCUGAUGCAUCAGCAAGAGAUGAGGUUUCCAAACUGCAUAAAGCUGAGAUUGUCAAAGACAUUGAAGAAAAAAAGAAGAGAAAAGACAAGGCUGAAAGAAGGUUUCUACGACUACAUAACAGAUUAGAGAAGUUGAAGAAGGACUAUGAGGAAUCUAAACAACACAUUCCAACUAAACGUUACAUGAUGAUGAAAGAGAUGAUUAAACCAUUGAUAAGAGAUGAUACUCUAAAAAUUGAUUGAUUGAGUGAUUGAUUGGUCAGUUGAUUUGAUUGAUUGAUUGAUUGGUUGAUUUGUCAGUCAGUCAGUCUGAUUAAUUGAUGAGUCAGUCAGUCAAUUUGAUUGAUUGAUUGAUUAAUUUAUACUAAAAUUUAUUACCUUACAACAUAAUUUCUUUGUAAAUGAAAAUACAGUCAAACUUGUGAGACAGACUACUUCAGAACCAUAACCACAGAUUAGUAAAGCAUAUCUCUAAAGGCCGCAAAGUUUCUUUACCUAUGCAAUAAAAGAGCCAUGUUAUCAGAUUCAGGGACCAAGCGUCGAUAAAGUCAAUAUUUAUUUGUUUUUGUGAUGGCAGGUUUGACUGUAUUCAAUAUAGUUUGAUAAUCAACUCUAGAAAUCUGUGAUAAAGCCCACCUCAUAUUAAAGAAAACUUAUAGAAAAUCAAAUUACCAAAUUGCAUGUUUCACAUUUGUACAAUGAAUCACAUUGCUGGUUUUUGGAAAACCACUUAACUGUAAGAACUUUUUUUUCUUAAAUUUGUUUUUUUUUAUGUUUUAUUUUUUCUUCUUUUUUUCAUAUAUUUUUAUAUGAUGAAUGUUUAUAUUCAUGUAGAUCUUCUUGCUUACUUGUAUUUUAGGAAAAAAAUCAUUUAAAGACAUGCAUAUUAUAACAUAGUAAACUAUAAGUUGGACUUAACCGAAAAAAAAUAAUGAAAAAAACAAAACAAUCAUUGCAAUAAUUGUUUUACAUUAGAACUCCAGUUCUGAUUGAUAAGAAAGUAAGGUUUGAUUGGUAAUAAUUGUCUUUGAAAUUUCCAUUUUUAUUCAUACAAAUUCACAGGAAGGUAUAUAUUUCUCUUUGUUUGGUUUUUUAAAUUCCAUGUUAUUUUUUAGCUCAACUAUAUGUAGCAAAUGGAAAGCCAUCUAACUCCAGCAUAAGGUUCCGAGUCUGAAUCCACAAAGAUCUUAAUUCUGGAACCUAUAGUGCAAGUUAUAUCCCCCUUUACACAUUUCUUACCAAAUCUUUGUCCAUUUCAUAAAACAUUAAGAAGAUAUUUUUAUUGCCUUCCACAUCAUAUCUGACAAUUCUGCCACCUUCAGUUUAAAAAUUAUUCCUCCCUGAAGAAUUUAAUGUAAAAAAUUCUUGCAACUUAGAAAUUUGUGUAAGUAUUUUAUUUUGCACUAUCAUAUGCCUAUUAUAUGAGGUGCAAUAUUCAAACAUUAUUUUUUCUGAUAUUAAUGAAGCAGUCUAUCUACAGAAGUUAAUUAAAAUGGAUUUUUGUCAUUUUUGUCAUGAGAAUGAUGUUCUUUACUACAUGUAUUAACACCUGUGUAAUUAGAAAAGUGGACAGUUCUUGGUUUUUUACAUGUAAAAUGUAUAUAUAUUAUAUGUAUUUGAAUUAUCAUUUAUGGGAAUGUUUUUAUUGCUCAUGUUUUGUAGAUCUUCAUCUUGUAAUUUUAUUAUUUUGUAUCUUUAUUGACUUAUUUAUUAAUUAGUUGAAAGCAAUAAUUAGUGAACAUAUUAUGUCAGGUGUGGCUGGUUUGUGUUCUUAAAUAAUUUACAUACCAUGGUGUAGUAUCAAAACCUUUAUAUAACAUUAGCAUUCUGUUAUGCUAGUCAUUGUUCAAUUGUGCUGUUUUCUAGAGAUUUACUAGUCGUUAUUCUGUUGCCAUGGAAACUAAAUAUGUCUUACAACUAGUCAAGUGAUGUGGAAUGUUCAAUGGCCAUUUUUAGAUUUUUUAUCAAAAUAUCAACAUAAAUACUUUGUAUGAUUGUAGUAAAAUAAAAAUAAAGAGAAUAUUUAACUGACUAGUUGAAAACACUGAGAGCAAAUUUAAACACAUUUACAAUUCCUUCAUUAUUGAAAUAUGCAUAUACAGUUGACUCUCGGUAACUCGAAAUCCAAGGGACUGGUCAUUUUACUUCGAGAGAAAAUGAAUUCGAGUAAUGUGGAACUACCGCCAUUACAUUGACAUUCGUACAUGUAUAUACAUGUGCCUGAUUGAAUGUGUAAAGAAGUAGGUUGUUAUUGUUAUUAGCGGCAAUGCUGCAAUAUUUGACCAUUGAAAUGAGGGUAUAUAACUUACAACUACAAAUUAUAAAUGAACAAAAAUAUAUCAUUCAAAAUUUAAUACAUGUAUAUUAAUAGUGAAACAUAAACACACAAUUAUAUUUGAUUUAAUUGAUCAUCGGACGAAAAUGAAAUUAGCAACUAUCGUGAACUGGAAGUACAAAUUAAUGUAUGCAAUAUGACGGAACAUUAAUUUACAAAUGUUAUUUACGUUGAUAACACACAUCAAUACCUAGGCUAUUAUUUGACUACACCCGUCAGACCGGCACGAGUCAACUUUCUUAAAGCAAUGUAAUUAAAUUUUAAUUAAGUUAUCUAACUGUUAAAACCAAUUAAGUCCUGAAACGGAUUAAAGCCAUUUUUACGACGUGUUAAUAAUACAUGAUGACGGGCAAUUAAGAAUUACUAUGAAACAUGUAAAUCACGAAUGACAACAUCUCACCUUGAUGUCUCCGACCUUUGAUCAGUCGGCUGUUUUCACACUUCGACUAAUUGAGAUGAAAAUAUGUUGCACUUUAAUUGACGGGACUAAACAGGAGUCUCGGUAAGUCAAAAAGUCAAAAUUUGACCUAAGCGGAGUUAAAAUACAAAGAUAAAGAAGGAAAUUUGACGGGACUUUAGAAAUUAUUCGACUAAGGCGGAAUUUUGAGUAAAGCGAUUUUGACUUAUUGAGAGUCAACUGUAUAAGUUUUAAAAAAAAUUGUAAAUGAUAGUUUCAGAAUAUUUUCCAUUUUUACCUAUAAUUAGGAAUGGCGCAUAUGGAAGCAGGUUCAUUAGACAAGUGGGGUCCAAAAUAUUAGGAUAUGGAAGCAAAGUUAGUAACCCAAUAUUUUUAUGCUGGAAUUACAAGUAUAUUUUACUGUUGAUUAGAUAAAGAUUUUACUUUUUUAUACUGUAUUUAAUGUUGCCAUAUACACAAUGUCAGAAACAUAGAACCAAAUAAGUAGCCUCUGGAAGGGAAUGGUUAACAUUACUUUUUACAGCUUGCUUGGUCAAUGCUGUGGGUUCAAAUCCUACCAAGGACUAGAUUCUUUCAUGUAAUGAGGUUUGUUAUGUAGUGCUUCUACUUUGGUGCUUGUUCGUGUUUGAAAUAAUGCACUGAAGGUCCCCUUAGGUCUUGCUUCACCAGUCAAACAAGAAAGUAGCCAUGGAUCUUUCAGUGUUAGUGUUAAUUAAAAAAUAAAAGCCAAAUUUAUGUACCUGACAAUGUAAAGUAAACAUUUUAGUUCAUAAUACUUUGGGUUUUACUUAAGUUAUCAUAUAAUGUAUUUAAUCUGUAGAAAUAUAUAUUGUAUGUUCAUUAUUUUAUGAUUUGGUGUUGUGCCAUUGUUUAUACACAAUAGUCAUGUAUCUUAGAUCUGGCCUUACUACUUUAUUUUUUGUAUUUUUACUUUUGUUAUUUAUCAUGUUUUUUGUUAAGCUCAUUAUAUAUGCAGGUAUUUCAGUACUGUUAAACCAUAGACGAUUUUUGUAGCUUUAAUAUUGAUAUAUGUAUAUGAGAAUUUUUGUCCCAGUUUUGCAUAUCUUUUUAAACAUUCCUUCAGGUAUUGAGUUUUUUGUUUUGCUAUAUUCCCAGAAUUUUGAUUAGCAAUUUAAAGUGUGAUUAGUUUAGAAAUUCUACUCCACCUCAUUCGUUUAUCUUAUUGUUGUACCUAAUGGUUGUCUGAAUUUAUAAAUAGCCUAUUUUUAAUGCAGUGGAUUAGAAAAUAUUUAGAGUACUGUAUAUCAUUCACUCGCCCUAUAGAACAUUUAUUCAUGUAUACAAGUAAUUUUUGGCUUAAGUCAGUUAGAAUGGAUUAAAAGUCGCCAAUGAAAUAAGAUGUGUUCAUUAUAAUAAAGAUAUUUCUUUCAUGAGAAAUGUGAUAAUUAUCAUACACUAUCUUGAUGAGUAAUUUCCUUUUUUUUCUCAAUUAGAAAUAGUUUUUUUUUUUCUGUUUUGACCUAUGAUACAUUCAUGAUAUUUCUUUCCAGCAUUAAGUACUAGUAUAUGCUGUAAAGAUAAUCUGUCAGUAAUCAUUUGGUACUUAAACUGUUGAUUUAAUUUUCGUCACAAAUAUGGUAAUAUUAAUGUUUUAUAUGCUCAGAUCUGGUAGAGAAAUGUAUCUGUAUAUUUUGAUCUUUCUUUUACAUUACUGUUUGAUAACCUGUAUGUAAGGAGAGUAUAUAAGAAAAUCUGACAGCUCAUAUUAUUAGUUAUCACAUGCUUCCGGCUUGUUAUCACAUGCUUUCCUAAAAUUAUUUUUGCAUCCGAUAUUGAUUUUGAUAUUUUUCUAUUCAUUCUAUGCAAUAUAUGUUUAUUGGCAUGUAAAAUGCUAUACAAUUACUGUUGUAUUAUAUAAAGAUGUCACACACAUGUAUAUUAUAUAAGUAUAUCUUUAUAUUGGUGCUGUAUAACCUAUGCUGUGAUGGGAAGUUGUAGAUCUGCAUUGCUUGCCUUUAUUGUGAAUCACCCCUGAAACCAUAGGAAUAACCUGUUCCUUCCCCCACCCCUAAACAAUGAAGAAAUUGAUAAAAAAAGAUAUAAAAAAUAUACAAUCCCUUCAAAAUUAUUAGAGCACUCCAAACGGACACUUAAACAUCAAAAAAUAAAAUACAUGGAGAAACACCCUUUAAAAAUAGAAAUAUCUCCUUUAUAGAAUUCAUUCUCCUUUUUAGAAUAACUUAAUUUCUCUUUACAAUUUAUUCUUUCCUUUUUUAGAAUUUAGAAUCUUCUAUAAAUUGUAUUGAGUUGAUUAUCUCCUGAUUAGAAUAUGUUGUCUUCUCUUUACAAUUGGAUAUUUUAUUUUUUGUUAUCAUUUUCUUUAUAAAAUUGGUAAUUUUCUUUAUGGUAUUGGUAAUUUUCUUUACAAAUUGGUCAUUUUCUUUAUAGAAUUAGUUAUUUAAAGUAUUGGUGUGCUUCUUUAUAGAAUUGGUCAUCUCAUGAAUAGAUUUAGUUAUUUAUAAAGUUAGCUAUAUUCUUUACAGUUUUACAGAAUGAGUUAUCUUUUUAAUAAAUCAGAGACAUUCAAUCAUAAUUCUGUUGCAAACUACUGAAUACUUAGUUACUGUAAGAUUUGUAACUACCACUCAUGACAUUUAUUAAUUUCAAUUUAACUAAAUAAACAAAAUGUUAUAUCACAUUAACUUUGGCUAAAAUGAAAAAGAUAUUUUAGUUUAUCUAUUUUUGUUUAUCUUUUUUAACAUUCAGCUAUCUGUUAAUACUAGAAGAUACAAGAAUAUUCAAAGACUGUUUGUGUAAAAAAGGUGAUACUAUGGUAUGGGAAAUAACGAAUGGAAUAAAUAAUAUGUAUCUAAACUUAAGAUUUGCGUUAAGCAUCUUGGUUGAUAUAGGGGUUGUUCGUGAUACACUUUGUAUAGAGCAUAAUAAUCAUAUCUUUAUAUCUACACCGGUUUUGUUAUGUUUUAACUUGCAUGUUAAUGAAUUAAAUCAAAAACAAUA